UUUUGUUUUGAGCUUGCACUUCCUGGUUCCUGUGUUGUGCCACUGAGCCUGUGACUCCUGGUCAGUGCGAGAUGCCGUUGUCAGUUGCUUUCGAUUCUGUGGAAGUGGGAGUUAUGCUUGUAAUGUGAAUCUCUGAGCAAAUAUAUAGGCGUGCUGUUUACUCUCUCCGUCUCGACAGAUCACUCUCCUGUCUUGUGCGAUUACGUGCUAAAACAUGUCACAGCUGCAAGGCACAGAGAAGUUGACAGGUUUUGCUGGAGCCGGAGCAGUGUAGCCUCCCUGAGGACCUGUCGUGCAGCGUGUAGCUGCGACGUCUCCCGGGAGCCCGUGCUGCUGGGCUGCGGUCACAGCUUCUGCCGGGAGUGCCUGAGCCGCCACUGGAGCUCCAGCCAGGGCCACCUCUGCCCCGUCUGCCGACGUCCCUCGCCCCGGGAGCCCGUCCCCAACAUCAGCCUGAGGAGCACCUGCGAGUCCUUCCAGCAGCAGCAGCAGCAGAAAGACUCUAGGGAAGCCCGUCAGAGGAGGCCUUCCUGAAGCAGCAGAGAGAGGCCACCGAGGCCCAGAUGAGGAGGAGGAAGAAGAGGGAGGAAGAGGAGAGGACCAGGCUGUGUCCCGAGCAUGGACAGGAGCUGGCUCUCUUCUGUGAGACGGACCAGGAACCCGUCUGCUCCCAGUGUAAGAAUAGCCGGCACAGGGGCCACCGCAUGCUGCCUGUGCAGAGAGCAGUGCAGGAGCACAAGGGAAGGCUGACAGCUGCCAUAGAACCUUUGAGGGAGAGAUUGGAUGUCCUGAGAAGUGGAUCAGCUGAAGGCCACACAGCAACAGCAUACAUAAAGGCUGUUGUGGAAAAGUGUGAGGUGCAGAUACGGAAAGACUUCGAUAAGCUCUUCACAUUUCUGAAAGAGGAACAGAAGGCACGCCUGGAGGCCGUGAGGGAUGCUGGGAUACGAGAGACCCAGUUAGCGAGCGAAGCCAUCGAGGCCGAGGUCACCCUCCUCUCCAAUCGAGUACAAGAAGCAGAGGAUAUGGCGCAGAAAGAUGACAUCACUUUCCUGCAGGAAUUCGACACCAUUAUGAUGAGUACAAAGCUCAGUCCCCCAGAACCAGCCCGGUGUCCCUGGGCUAUGAUUGAUGUCCCUCGACGACUUGGCAACCUGAGGUUUAAUGUCUGGAAGAAGAUGAAGGAAGUUGCUCCCUAUUACCCAGUGAUCCUGGACCCCAACAUCCCUCCAGUCGGCAUUAUCCUAUCAGAUGACCUGACCAGUGUCAAAGCCACGGCGAUUUCAGACACCACCUCUCCACUGUCCAAGUGCUACGUUUUAGUUAUGGGUUCCAAGGCCCUUGACGAGGAUUGUCACGUUUGGGAUGUUCAUGUCGGCGACUCCUCAGACUGGAUGGUGGGCGUGACAUCACGGCGACACUUUCACAUGGGGGUCCCUCUCUCUGUGUCCCCUUUUUGUGGUUUCUGGGCGAUACAGCGGAAGAACGACCAGUACUUUGCGCUGACCUCCCCUCCCACCCCACUCAGGCUUCCUUUCUCCCCCAGGCCCCUCCAGGUGCUCAGAGUCAAGCUGCUGUACAAUAUGGGCCACCACGAGGGCUCUUACAAGCGCAUCUGGAAGGUGGCGUUCUCAGAUGCUCGGAAAGGCCGGGGGUCAACCAUUUUCAUCUUUUCGCUGGGCGGACACAAGAGGCCACUCUACCCAUUCUUGUGUCCAUUGCGACGGGGUGGCAAGCUGACACUUGAGCCCGCUGAGGUAACAGUGGAGGUGAAGGAGGACGUUGGAUUCUGGGAAAAGUAUGGGUCUGCGGUCAUUCUAUUUGGGACUGUUGCCAUUAUUGUCAUUAUAGCCUUCAUCUCUCUGGUAUUAUGGACAGAUAUGUCUGGCUCUCUCAUCAGAUGGCAUGCAUAAUAGAGUCACUGUGCCAAUCUUUUAAGUAAAUGAGCAAAUACAGUAAUUGGAAGAAAUACCUGUGAACUCCCAUGUACGUGCCGCUAGAGUGUAGCGCUGUAGCUGCCUGGCUGUAGCAACUCGAGCUAGGUAAAACCGUUUGUUUUUUGGGGGGGGUUUCGCCACCGACAGUUCUCGGUGACCUUGGGAAAUGGAGAUCUAUGUGAAAAUUCGCCUGAUUUCUCCUUGAAGGAAAGAGAAAACAGACCUUAUUGGGUUUUGGCAGCAAAAGCCAAAUGGGAUGAGCAGCAAGAGUUGGACCAGCAGUAGAGAAUUGCCAUUAGACACCUUGACUCUCUGGCUCUGAAAUACACAAUUUUGGCCAAGAUGUCUCAAAUUCUCAUGGACUCAAAUCUCCCUUUCACUAGUCACAUAGUCACAGUGCAAUCACUAAAACAGCAUUCUACCUCAAGGGGGUUUGUGGCCCAUAAAGACCAAGGCCAUCCAUGUGUUUAUUUAUGCUAAAUUAUAUUUAAAGGAACCAUAUGUAAGACAUGUAUUUCAAUUAAUCAUAAAAUGGCCCUGAUAUGUCACUAGACAUUAAGAAAUCAUGUUCAUUUCAAAUACUAAUAUCACUGACAACAGUUAGUCUGGCCGGGAUAUUGCUAUUUAAAAAGUGAAGUUGCAGCCCUCAACUGAUGUUGAUGUUGUGUUUUGUCAUGUGUUUUGGCCUGAUGCGCAACCCUCUACCUAUCUACUA